CAUAUUGUGUUGAAGUGAAUAACAAGAACAAUAUGAGUGUUGGAGACGGGGCUUCGAGAAUGUUCUCUUGCUGCAUUCUCGUUGCAUCAGCUUUACGCAAAAUAGUGACGAGAGCUUCAACGCUACAGUCUGGUCAAUGGCUCCGAAAUCGACUUCAAGCGGCAAACACAUUCUUGACACGGCAGUUUAUAUUAGUGUAGGCAUAUAUAAUGACGGCCUAUCAACUAUCAUGAGGCUCAUGCAGAAUUUGGAUAUGACAAUUGGGCCGAACUGUUAUAACUUCUGCGUGGAAACCGACGCGCGCCGCAUCAACUUUUCCGAGAGAUCGCUUAGCGAUGCCGAAAAAAGGGCCCGAAUAGCCUUAAAAGUAUCUAGGAAGGAAGAGAAGGAGGCGACCAUCGACCUGGAUGGCCAAAUGUAUGGUGCAGGCAUCGCAGAUUAGAGGUAAACAAAAAUUUCAAGGAUUAAAGUGUUCAUAAAACUUUAAACGCGUUUUUCUCGAAACUACUUUUUUCAAACUGGGAGGAAGGAUUUCUCGGAGACUAUUGCAUGGAUCGAUUUGAAAUUUUUACAGUAGCUUCACAACAAUAUUCUCUUUGGAAGUACGUAGCCGUUUUUCGAUUGAAUGUAAACUUUUUUUUUUAGAAACAAUUUAAUGCUCAUUUUUAGGGCAAAAAAUCGAUUUAUUUCUUACAAAGUGCACCAUUUCCACAAAAAUUGAUUUACAAAAAAACUCCUACGUACUUUCAAAGCCAAUUGUAUAUAGAUUAUAAAUUUUUUUUGUUUUUUGUUCCAGGACUCAUACAUGCCGAGAAAUCCUUCCUCCCGUGGCGGUGUUUUCAAAAAAGCUGUUUUCGACUACGGGCUCUGUCGCCGCCAUUUUGUAUGAAAAUGACAAUUAAAAAAUUUUUUUUCGUACUUAAAUAUGUGUUAAAUAAACCCUCUGACAAGAAAUUCUAUUCCCGUUUGUCAUACUCCCAAAAUAAAUUGUCAAAUUUAGGUCUUUUUUUCAGCCUCUAGAGUGGUGUUACCC